AUGGCUUCAGCGGCCCCAGGCGCCGAAGAAAGUGGCCGCAGGAGACACCGUCUGGCCGCUUCAUUGCAGAUCAGCCCCCGGCCCAGGCCCUGGCGUCCUUCUGCCAGCCUGGACCAAGACCCUUCGGAGCCAGCCCCUGCCCCCAGCUCGGUGGACAAUGAGGGGGGUGGGCAGCCCCUGGCUUCGGCGGCUGCGGGGGACAGUGGGCCCCGGGCGGGGGCUGGAGUCAGGGUACUGGGGGCAGCUCAAGCACAGGAAGACUUGGGAGAACAGACGGGGCAGUCCCCGAGGGUCUCUGUCGGGCCUGCAGGGCCUGCUGGGGACUUCUGGAAGGCGGCUAGACAUCUGGGCCUACAGCUCAAAGACCCGCCUCCCGGCCAGGCCGUAGCCUUGCUCACGAAGUACGCGGCCAGUAUAGGCGUCUCCCUGAUCUUCCGAGAGGACCAGACUGCAGGUGAGGCCCUGUGGCCUGGGACGGCAGCAUGUCCCCGGCUAACCCCAGAUGAAGCAGUGGGGACCUGUCAGAUGUCAGGAGGAAGCGGUGGGCUGCUGUGGCUGAGCGGGGCAGAUGUCAUUGUGGGCGUCUCAGGAAGGGCCCGUGAUGGGCAUGAAGUGCAGGGUGCCACUUCAUGCCCCCCUCCUUCUCUAGACCCCUGCUUCCCAUUCUCUGUGCGUGUGGAACUGGACGGGGUGGCCUGCCCUGCAGGCACUGCCAACAACAAGAAGGAAGCCAAACAGCAGGCAGCUCUCUCUGCCCUUAGCUACAUCCAGAGUCAGCUGGAGAGCCCAGAGCCCCCAAAGACCCCCAGCAAGCCUCCACUGGGCUCCGUGAGUGUAGAGAACAUCCUGACCCACGAACAGCGCUGCGCAGCUGUGGUCAGCGCCGGCUUUGACCGCCUGGUGGACAUGACCUCGCCAUACUGGGCCUGUAAGGGGACCGUGGCUGCCGUCAUCUUGGAGCGAGCCGGGCUGUCUCUGCCUUCUCCCCUCGCAGAGGUCCCCGGUGCCAGGGGCCACGCCAAGGAGAUCUACGAGCUGGUGGCCCUGGGCACAGGCAGCAGCAGCUGUGCUGGCUGGCUGGAAUUCUCGGGCCGGCAGCUCCAUGACUGCCACGGUGUGGUCAUCGCUCGACGGGCGCUGCUGAGAUUCUUGUUCCGGCAGCUCUUGCUGGCGACCCAGGGCGGCCCCAAGGGCAGGGAACGGUCUGUGCUGGCCCCCCAGCCAGGGCCCGGGCCCCCCUUUGUCCUCAAGCCCCGGAUCUUCCUACACUUCUACAUCAGCAACACCCCCAAGGGAGCUGCCCACGACAUCUACCUCCCACAGUCCUCCGAGGGCAGCACCCCCUUCCGCCUGCAGGCCCACAUCCGAGGGGAGCUGAAGCCCGUGUGUUACUUGGCACCCAUACUCCGGGACACCCACGUGGGCUGCCUCUCGGCCAGUGACAAGCUGGCACGCUGGGCCGUGCUGGGACUGGGCAGCGCCCUGCUGGCCCACUUCUUGCCUCCCCUCUAUGCCACCAGCCUUGUCCUGGCCGACCCUUGCCACGACCCCCCAACUUUAAACAGUGCCAUCCACACCCGGCCCACCCUAGACAGGGAUUUGGGGUCAUGCCUGCCACCUCCCUACACCCGAAACACACUGCACCUGUUUUCGGGGCCCCCCGUGGCCCCCUCCGACCCCAGUCCCAACACCUGCCAUGACCUGAGCCUCAACUGGAGCCUGGGGGACCCCGAUGUGGAGGUUGUGGAUGUGAGCACCGGGCGUGUGAAGGCUGAUGCUGCCCUCGGGCCUCCCUCCCGCCUCUGUAAGGCAGCUUUCCUCCGGGCCUUCCGCCAGGCUGCCCAAGCUCUCGGCAAAUCCCACCUGCUGGCCUUGAAGACCUACGAGGAGGCCAAGGCUGGGCCCUACCAGGAGGCUCGCCAGCAGCUCUCUCUCCUCCUGGACCAGCAGGGCCUGGGGGCUUGGCCCUCGAAGCCAUUGGUGGGCAAAUUCAGAAACUGA